AUGUCGAACGUGCCCCAAGAUAUCCUUGGCCAAUUGGUCCAAGUCCUUGCCAACCUCGUCUCCAACGACAACGCUGUCCGCUCUGCUGCCGAGGAGCAGCUCAACAACGAGUGGAUGGUCAAGUCCCCUGAUGCCCUUCUUUCCGGCUUUGCCUACCUCUCCCGUCACAGUGAAGAACCCGAUCUCCGGUCGUUUGCUGCUGUCUUGACCCGUCGCGUGGCUUUCAAGGGAAUUCCCACUCAGGACCCAGAGGCAGAGGAUGCCACUCUGUGGGACGUUACACAGGAGGAGACGCGACAGGCCAUGAAGACCCACUUCCUGGCCGGUCUCUCUCAGGAACCCAACAAGUCUGUCCGUAACAAGGUCUGCGAUACCAUCGCCGAGAUGGCUCGUGCCUCAACCGCCAAAGAGCAAGCCUGGCCAGAGAUCUUGCCAGCCCUGUUCGAGUGCACAAAGUCGCCCUCCCACGAGCACCGCGAGUCGGCUUUCCGCAUCUUCACCUCCGUCCCCAACCUGAUCUCUGGACAGCACGUUGACAUCCUCAAGUCUGUCUUCGCCAACAGCUUGCGUGACGAGAACCUCCAUGUCCGUUUGGCUGCUGCCAAGGCUGCUGUCUCGUUCAUGCUGGAUACCAACAACGCCACUCGCAACUCGAUGGCCUCGUUGAUGCCCCAGUUGCUCGAGGUCUUGAACGCCCUUGCCACUGCUGGAGAUGAAGAAUCCUUGAUCGAGGGCUUGGUCGUCAUGAUCGAGUUGGCUGAGCACUCGCCCCGCCUCUUCCGUCACGUCAUUGUUGAUGUCCUUCCCUUCAUGAUUGAUAUUGUCAAGAAGAAGGAGCUCGAGGACCGCACCAGACAGUCUGCCUUGGAGUUAUUGUUGACCCUCGCCGAGUGCGCUCCUGGCAUGGUCCGCAAGGUGCCAGAUUAUACCACCACAAUUGUACCUGUCGCCUUGGAGAUGAUGACCGAGCUGGAGGAGGAUGAGGACUGGUACUCGACCGACGAUUUGGAUGAGGGCGACAACGACGAGAACUAUGUCAUCGGAGAGCACGCUAUGGACCGCUUGGCCCGUGCCUUGGGAGGCAAGGCUAUGUUGCCCGUUUCCUUCGUCUACAUCCCCCAGAUGCUUGCCAACGAGAGCUGGAAGGCUCGCCACGCCGCUCUCUUUGCCGUCUCGGCCAUCGGCGAGGGAUGCGUCCGUAUCAUGGAGGCUGAACUCGGAAAGAUCAUUGGUAUGGUCCUCCCUUUCUUGCGCGACCCCCACCCCCGUGUUCGUUACGCUGCCUGCAAUGCUAUCGGCCAGAUGUCGACUGAUUUCGCUGGACCCAUGCAGAAGAACCACCACGCUCUCGUCCUCACCAACUUGAUCCCCGUCAUGGAUGAUGCUCCUUUCCCCCGUGUCCGCGCUCACGCUGCCGCUGCCUUGGUCAACUUUUGCGAGGCUGUUGAGAAGGGUACUCUGGAGCCCUACUUGGAUGCUAUCUUCGAGCGCCUCUUGUCGCUUCUCAACACUGGUACCACCUAUGUUCAGGAGCAGGCCAUCACCACCAUUGCCACUGUUGCCGACAGCGCUGAGGAUCGCUUCGUCAAGUACUACAGCAGCAUUAUGCCACUCUUGAUCAACGUCCUCCGUCAGGCUACCAACAAGGAGUACCGUCUCUUGCGCGGAAAGGCCAUGGAGUGCGCCAGUUUGAUCGCCCUCGCAGUUGGCAAGGAGGUCUUUGCCCCUCACGCUCAGGAGUUUAUCCAGCUCUUGGUCCAGACCCAGGCCAGCGUUACUGAGGCCGAUGAUCCCCAGGUCUCGUACUUGUUGGCUGCCUGGGCUCGCGUCUGCAAGGUCCUCGGACGUGACUUUGUUCCUUACUUGGACAUUGUCAUGCCUCCGCUGUUGGCCAGUGCUCAGCUCAAGCCUGACUUCGCUGUCUUGGACCCCGAGGAUGAUAUCGAGUCCAAGUACUCUGCUGAGGAUGGUUGGGAGUUUGUUGGUGUUGACGGCCAGCAGAUUGGUAUCAAGACCACCGUCUUGGAGGAGAAGUGCACCGCUGUUGAGAUGUUGAUUUGCUACGCACGUGAGCUCGGACCUGGUUUCCGCCCCUACAUCGAGAAGGUCCGCGACAUUGUCUUGCCCCUUCUCAAGUUCUAUUUCCACGAUGGUGUCCGCCACGCUGCUGCUGCCACCCUCCCCCAGUUGAUCUCUUGCGCCAACCAGGCUGAGCUCGGACAGGAGUAUGUCAUCAACUUCUGGCACGGUAUCUGCGGCAAGAUCCUCGAGGUCAUGGCCACUGAGGCCGACCCCGCCUUCUUGCUCCAACUCUACGUUUCCUUCUACGAGUCCUUGGACUUUAUGAACGGCCCCAGCUUGACCCCCGAGCUGUUGGAGGAGUUCACCCGUGCCACUGAGGCUCAGCUGAAGGAGUUCUACGCCCGCUUGAAGCACCGCGAGGAGACCCGCGCCAGCACCGAGUUUGAGGCUGAGGACGAGGAGACCAUUUUGGAGGAUGAGAUGAACGAGGAGGCUGUCCUCGGAGAGAUGUCGCGCACUAUCCACAGCGUGAUGAAGACCCACGGUGCUGCCUAUGUGCCCAUGUUUAAGUCGUUGGAGCCCGUGAUUGCCACCUUCUUGGCCGAUACCAACUCUGCUUCGCGCCAGUGGGCUAUCUGCGUCUUGGAUGACCUGAUCGAGUUCACUGGCCCCCACUCAUGGCCCAUCAUGGGCCCUUACUUGCCCAAGAUGCUCGAGUCUGUCCUUGACACUGCCUCAGAUGUCCGUCAGGCUGCUUGUUACGGAGUUGGACUCUGCGGAGAGUUCGGAGGGGCUGACUAUGCCGAGUUCUGCAGUGCUGCUCUCCAGCCUCUCUUCCAGGUCAUCAACGCCCCCCGCUCAAGAGAGCUUGAGAACCUCUAUGUGACCGAGAACGCCAUCUCUGCAGUGACUAAGAUCUGCAAGUUCAACAGCAGCAAGUUUGACGUCAACACUGUCCUUCCUUCCUGGGUCCAGGCCCUCCCCCUCCUCAACGACGAGGACGAGGCUCCCACCACUUAUACAUACCUCUUGGACCUCAUCGACGCUCAACAUCCUUCGGUCUUGGGAUUGAACAAUGUCAACAUGCCCCAUUUGGUCACCGUCAUGGUGGAGGCGUUGGUUGCAGGCAUUAUCCCUGAGCCCAUUGCCACGCGCAUGGUGCAUACCAUGAAGGCUGCCCUCGCGUCGAUGGACUCUAACAUGACCUCGACCAUCUGGAACAGCAUCUCGCCCGAGAAGAGGAAGACCCUCCAGGACUUGAACUACCUGUAA